UCCAGAGAUUGCGUCUACACUCUCAGAUCCCUCGGUCAAAAGAGAUAAAAGGAUUAUGAUAAGACAGGGCUUAACAGGCACAUUAUUGUCUUGCCUAGGAAAAUGCUUAACUGACGUUUUACUAGGAAAUAUUAACUCUAAAAAGUUAAUUGAAGAAAUCAAUGACGCUGCGAAGUUGGCUGGGGAAAUCCACCACCAUGAUUCAAAUUCGAGAAAAUUCUUUUGUUUGGCUGGAGCGAAUAAAACCAUCCAAGAUGCCAUUCGUCAUCAAAAGACCGAUAAGUUUUUAUUUGGUACAGAUUGUGCUGACAAGAUCAGAGCUGCACAAACAAUCCAGAAAACUUCAAAUACUAUUAAGAACCAUCCAGAGAAAGAAAAGAAGCAGCAGAAACAAGCAGCAAAUAACAAACAGUUCAAGCAGUUAAACUGGAAGAGCCCACCACAAUACAGUCAGCAGAAUCAUCGGAUGCGUGGUGGGCAACAAUACCAUCAACCCCGGAAGCACUACAACCAGCCUCACCGGAAAGAGAGACACAGCUCCCACAAGCAGAGGUCCAGAUAUCACCGAUAGAACCUGAGGUACAUGCAGAGAUGUCCAUCCCCUACAUCGUCACCUUACCCUGGCUGCCGGGCUGCUAUCGGCGAGGCAUACAGUAGGCGCGGAACGCCAAAAUCAGCAAUUCAGAUAAUGUUAAAUUCUCUUUCAAAUAACACGCUGAAACAGUAUGAUACUUCUUUCAAACAAUGGUGGCUAUUCUGUAAGCAAAAUAAGGUUGAUGUUUAUCAGGCGUCUAUACCAUUCGUACUUAAGUUUUUAACAGAGCGUUUUGAAAAUGGAGCCUCUUAUGGCACAAUUAAUAGUACUAGAUCCGCUCUAUCUCUUCUUAUUGGACCUAGAAUAGGAAAUGAUGAUAGGAUAAAACGGUUUGUUAAAGGAGUAUUUCGAUUAAAACCUCCUACUCCAAAAUAUAAUAUAACAUGGGACCCUAGCAUUGUCCUCAAUUAUUUAAAAGGCUUGUACCCUAACGAAGUUAUAAGCUUGGAACAGCUUACCCAUAAAGUGGUGAUGUUACUUGCCUUAACGACAGGACACAGAGUCCAAACAUUAUCCUUAAUUAAGAUUAAUAAUAUUCAAUUUACUCAUGAGGGAGUUCAAAUUUUUAUACCAGAUUUAAUUAAAACUUCAGGAAAAAACAGUAAACAACCAUUAUUAAAUUUAAAAAUAUUCAGUAAUAAGAUUGAAGUCUGCCCAGUCACUACUUUAAAUUCUUAUAUCAAAAGAACACAGUCUAUUAGAGAUACUAACAGUCUUUUAAUUACGCAUAAAAAACCUCACCAUGCUGUUUCUACACAGACUAUAAGUCGCUGGAUAAAAAAUGUACUUAAGGAGGCAGGCAUAGACGUUAACAUCUUUACAGCCCAUAGCACUAGACACGCCAGCACAUCAGCUGCAAGCAGAUCUGGUAUAUCCAUAGAUAUUAUCCAAAAAACAGCUGGUUGGUCAGAAAACUCUAUUUGCUUUGCUAAGCAUUAUAACAGACCAAUUUCUUCAGAACCUGACCAGUUUUGUAGUACGAUAUGUAACUUGAUAUCAGAAUGAAUGUCAUGUUGAUUAUAAUUACAUUGUUAUCUUAAAUGUUACUGAUUUAAUAAACAGCUUUAUUUCUUAAUCAGAUUGUAUGAUUAUGUACUCGCAACCCUAUCUUUGAACAUCUACAAUGGUUAAGUUAA